CUGUAUUAUCGGGGCGCUUGAGUUCGUGCCUGUAAUGCAGCUGCUGAAGGGAGUCAUGGCCAACUUCCGGAUAGCACUUAUCCAGCUUCAAGUAUCUGCUGCCAAAACAGACAACCUGGACCGAGCCACUGGGCUUGUAAAGACUGCAGCUGCACAAGGAGCAAAACUUGUAGUUCUGCCAGAAUGCUUCAAUUCACCUUAUGGCACACAAUAUUUUCCAGAGUAUGCAGAGAAAAUCCCUGGUGAGUCCACACAGAAGCUCUCUGAAAUUGCAAAAGAAUGCAACAUAUACCUGAUUGGAGGUUCUAUUCCCGAAGAGGAUGCUGGGAAGUUGUACAAUACAUGUACUGUUUUUGGUCCUGAUGGUGCUAUGUUAGCAAAGCACAGAAAGAUUCAUUUGUUUGACAUUAAUGUUCCUGGGAAAAUCCGGUUCCAGGAGUCAGAAACUCUGAGUCCUGGCAAUAGUUUCUCUGUGUUCGAUACUCCAUACUGCAAGAUUGGACUUGGGAUCUGCUAUGACAUCCGCUUUGCUGAGCUUGCUCAGAUCUACGCACAGAAGGGUUGCCAGCUCUUGGUGUAUCCUGGGGCUUUCAAUUUGACCACAGGCCCUGCCCACUGGGAGCUGCUGCAGAGAGGACGAGCUGUUGAUAACCAGGUCUAUGUGGCUGCUGUAUCUCCUGCUAGGGAUGAGAAGGCGUCUUAUGUAGCCUGGGGACAUAGCACUGUAGUAAAUCCAUGUCAAGAGAUGGUUGCUACUGCCCAAACAAACCAUGCAGUCUUCUUCAUUACUUUUGCAGACCUAAAGAAGCUUGCAGAAGUUCGUCAACAAAUCCCCAUUUUGUCCCAGAAGCGUUCUGACCUUUACACUGUUCAAGCAAAGACCGCAUGAUGCACGUAGUGACUUGGAUCCGUACACAUCUUGCCUUUUCCUGUAUCCGUCUUCAGUGAAAUACAUUUUUUAAAAUGAUGUAACCAUGAUAGAAGAAACAAUUAAACCCAAUCUAUAAACGUCUUUAUUUCUGCUUAACUGCCUAGAGCCAAGAGUAGUCAUCCCGUAGCAGGCACACCAAAUGGCAGCCUCCUUGUCCCACAGGGGUGUGGUUGAUCUGCAUCAGCCCAAAAUGCAACUCAGUCUGGACCUGAGUAACCAGAGCUCCUUCUGGCCCCAUCCCAGUGAAUGCCAACAGCCCCACACCAACCACUCAUGACGAAUGGGCAGGUGCACGGCAUGGCUGCUCAGUGCACUGGCUUCAAGGCAGGUGUCAGGGCUUACUGCACACACAUUUGUGCCACCACCUGAAUAGUUGAAGCUGCUGCUUUCCCUGCCCACAUCAGGUAGAGCUGCUUCCAUGACUGUUAGGGACAGGAGCUGCCUGGAACAGUGAGAUAGUGGAGGCCUAUUUGGACCUAGACAUGUGCCCGGUCAUGUGUUGCACCUUAUUGCCACUUCUCCAGCAGAGCUUUUCAUACUUGAAAGGGAGGACAGUAGGGAAGGAGGAGAGAAGAGACCCAAGGCCAGGCUCAGGUUGUGGCUAGGAGGCAGAGUGGCAUGCUAGAAGCCAACAGAAUCCUGAGCAGGCACCCAUCCUGUAGAGAAGGAGAUGUUUAAAAUUAGAGUUUGGACUGUGGUAGCUCUGAGAGUGAAAGUUUAAGUGUAAACUCUCCCACUGACUAAAGGGUACCUCCAUAUUCAGAGGUGGGAAACCUCUGAAUCCCAGUGUCAGGACUGGAGGUAACAUCAGGGGAAGACCAUGACCGCUAUGCCCUGCCUGUUGGCUUUCCAGGGCAACUGGUUGGCCACUGUAAAAAUGUUCUUAAGGUAUCCUCCGGCUCACAAGGACUUGGCUUAUAAAACAUCUUUUAGGACCAGACAUUAUGCAUUAUUUUCAUCCAUUGCAAUCACAUUCAUGUGUGCACUAUAAGAAAAAUCAUUGAUGCUGACAUUUUUAAAGCAGCAAUAUUUUAGUCCUUUAUUCCCAUGCCAAAAAAAGUCUGUAGACCUCAUUUGGAGUGCAUCUGACCCUAGCCCCCUUCACUCCCCAUUUUGAUUGCUGCCAGCGCAGGGACUCACACAAGCACAUUUUGAUAAGAUAGAGGAUGUUACUUUACAUAUUGCUGCACUGCAGCAUACGGUCUAUUUUUAAUACAUUUUACUCUUGUGUUGCUAACCAGAAAUAUUUUCUUGUUGUUGCAGUAUGACUUGACAGAUAAGUGCCUGGACUCAUGGCUUCACUUCCACCAAUUUGUGCUGUGAACUAUGGUCCUUUGCAGGGUCUUGUACAAGUCUAAAGGGAGUAGGCCAGAAAAAAUUACAAAUUCACAUGCUCUUAUCACCCAUAAGGUCAUCUGUUUGCAGUUUUAUACUGACCAAAUAAACCUUUUCUCCAAACAAUAGAAUGGUCAUCAUUUUAAACAAAGAAUGUUUUCCACCUACAGCCACAGCUCUAUAUUGUACAGGUUAGAGGAAAUAUGUAAGAGAAAUGUCACCGAUAUAGCUGGGAAUAUAGGGGAACAGUUGUUGAACUUAACAAAAUUUUUUUACAGAAGAUGUUUCUAAGAGGCUUGCCUGACCUCUCAGCUAAACAUGCCUCAAAGGGAGUUUAGAGACCCAGCGCAGAAUAGCUUUGAAAGGGACAAGAAACAAAAACGUGACACAGCUAUAUGGCCUUGUGUAGAUUAGAAGCUGCCUUACUCAUAUCCAUAGCCAUUGUUUGUUGAGGCCCAGCUGCAGAGAGUGUUUGAGAAUGGCAGGAAUGUCCACCUUCACUGAAAUGAGGAUACUGUUCAAAGGUAGAUGUACUGGUUGAGGGCCAAAAGAUAUUCAUAUAUAUGAGAAACUUGUAAUCACCUUUUUAAAAUGGUCUUUGUUAAGAUGAAAAGUAGCAAAGGUAAACUAACUGUUUCUACAUAUUUUAAGAUGACAUUUCAGGUAUGGUGUUUGAAGUUAUGAGUUGGCCAAGAACGUGUCCCCUCAUCAAGUGAGACAGUUAGCUGUUACUAGGAGAUGCUUUACAAAUCCUAUAAAUAUAGAAAGUUGAAUUGAGAACUUCUUCUCAGAAGGGGCUCUUUGCUUGUGACCUGCUUAUCUUUGGAGUAAGAAACGCUUAUGGACUCAGGUUUUUGUUCUCCUUUAACUAUCUUUGUAACAAUGAUGGAUGAUAUAUUUCUCUGUUGAAUUCAAUAAUUAUGUUUUAAUAAAAGUGUAACA